UUUAAACGGAUAGAUGAUGACGAUGAUGGAUUCAGCCUUGGCAAUUGGAUUCCGCUCUACCGGCGGUGGCUCUUGCUCCUCCGUCACUAUAGCAAAUUAUCGCCCCUUUUGGAGCUCCGACGAUUCUACCGGAGUACACGGCGCCUUCCGUCGAUUGCCUCACGCCAUCAGCCUCGACGUACCAUGGAACAGAGGUCGGAGACUUAUAGAUGGGUUUUCUUUCACAACGAGGAACUAUCUUCUUUCCCAAAGCAGAGUUCGGGCUACAGAAGGGUACAGGAGUUCGGCUUCAGAUCCCUUGGAGCAUAAUAGGAAGUCGCAUUACCACCCACUCGAAGACAUUGCGGAGUCCACAUCUCAGGACGGUGGAGAUACCAGACUCACUCCUGCCGAAACCACUAGAACCAUAAUUGAGGUAAACACGAAAGCAACACUAAUGUUUUCAGCAUUGAUCAAUAAUGAAGUUCACGAGAACAUUUUCUGGCCCGAAUUGCCUUAUGUGACUGAUGAACAUGGAAAUAUAUACUUCAGGGUGAGCAAUGAUGAAGACAUUAUGCAGACGCUAACUUCUGAGAAUAACUUUGUGCAAGUAAUAAUAGGCUUAGAUAAUAUGGAAAUGCUUAGCGAGAUGGACCUAUCAGGACCAGCUGAUAUUGAUUUUGGCAUUGAAGAAAUCACUGAAGAAGAUGAUGAAGAUGAUGAUGAAGAUGAAGAUGACUAUGAAAAGGAUUGGGUUGCAAUUCUUGAAGAUGAUGAAGAUGAGUCAGAUUCCGAUGAGACUCUUGGCGACUGGGCAAAUUUGGAAACUUUACGUUCUUCUCAUCCAAUGUAUUUUGCUAAAAAAUUGGCUGAGGCUGCAUCAUAUCUUCCCAUGAAUGGAAUAGAUCAACCUCCAGCUGGUCUUGCCAUCCAAGGCCUUCUUAGACCUUCCUUUGUUGAGGAGCACCCUCUCAUCCAAAAGCAUAUGUCAGUCCAUGAGCCCUGUAAAGAUGACCAAAAUCAGGUUGGGAAAUUUUUGGAAGACAAACUGGAAGGUAUUGGCAUGCUUAAUGGUCAUCACCAUGAGUCAGCCUCUUCUAAAGAUGGUUCAAUUUGGGCAGAGGGACUGGAUAAAGCUGAGAGCGUUAGACCUGGGACUUCAUUUUACAAGCUAGAGAUGAUCAAGAUUCAGUUGAUUUUGUCACAUGGACAUCAGACUAUAGUGGAAGUAAAUGAUUUUCGGAAAGCCAGGCCCGAUGCCAUUGCACAUUCAGCAGCCAAAAUUAUUUCUCGCUUGAAAGCUGGUGGAGAAAAGAUCACACAAGCCCUAAAGUCUCUCUGUUGGAGAUGCAAGGGUAUUAAAGUAGAGGAGGUAAUUCUCGUGGGUGUAGAUAGUCUUGGUUUUGAUUUGAGGGUUUGCUCAGGAACACAAGUCCAGACCCUGCGGUUCACAUUUAAUACACGGGCCAUUUCAGAGUAUAGUGCUGAGAAGCAACUUAAUGAUCUACUGUUCCCGAGGGUCCACCAAACGCAAAAAUGGCAACAAGCUCACCAGAAGGAAUGCUAACAUUUUUUAGAUUUCUACAUUUGAGUUUACUUUAUUGGAUGGCUUCUUGUAUAAAAUUGCGCCUUAUAAAUGAAUUUAGUAGGUCAGCAACAAAACUGAUUUAUAGCUUAUGCAUUUUAUGUGAAAUG